AUGCAUGCUGUGAACGGACCAGAAUUAAUAAUGAAGAACUGCCUAAUGGAUCAUUGUAGACGGAUAUUACUUGGCCUUGAAAAUGUCGGAACACAGCUGCUCUCGCUUAACGACUGUCUGGAAAAAGUUACUGGAUGUUAUUCACGUACCCAGCUUGACUGGGGUGACCAACUGCAAUGUUCAUUACAGUCAGAGACUGGGUUGUCCCGAGAUCACAUGUGCCAAGGGACCGCACGUCUACUAGUG